AUGUGUCGUUCUGGGAGACCGGCUGAGAUAGCUAGUGACCGGGUCCUUGCUCAUUUUGAUGAAAAUGAAACCUUAGUGCUAGCCACGGACGCUUCUCCAGUCGGAUUAGGAAUUGUUCUUUCUCACCGCUACAAAGAUGGUACUGAACGGCCAAUUUCAUUCGCUUCUCGAUCUCUCACUGCAAGUGAGAAAAAGUACAGUCAGAUAGACAAAGAGGCACUGGCGAUUUACUGGGGAUUGAAGAAGUUCUACCAAGUAGUAAUUCCUGAAAAACUACAAGGAAAAGUACUCAACGAACUUCAUUUAGGACACUUAGGAGUUGUGAAAAAUCUUGCAAGAAGUUUUUGUUACUGGAAACACAUUGACCGUAACAUAGAAGAUCUAGCAAAGUCUUGUCGUCCAUGCUGUUUGAAGCAGAAUCUUCCUGAAAAAGUAGAUGUCCAUCCUUGGCUGGUUCCAUCAGGACCUUGGCAACGAAUACACAUCAACUUUGCAGGUCCAAUUUAUGGGCAAUACCUUUUUGUUAUCGUUGACGCCUAUUCAAAGUGGGUUGAAGUCAUACCAACCAAAACUACAACAUCUAAUUGGCGCAUUCAACAGCUCAGGAAACUCUUCUCUACCUUUGGUUACCCGUUCACGUUAGUCUCUGACAAUGGCCCUAACUUCACAUCAUCUAUUUUCAACCAAUUUCUACAAGCUUGUGGCGUCACACACAAAUUCUCUGCCCCCUAUCACCCUGCAACCAACGGACAAGCAGAGAGAUUUGUUCAGACUGUAAAGAAACAGUUAAUAGCAAUGGAGAAUGAUGGAGGAGAUUUACACUUCAAAAUAAAUCACAUGCUAAUGUCACUAAGGAAUGCCACAAAUGCUACAGGGUCCUCGGCAUAUGAACUUAUGUUUGGGAGACGAAUAAGGACAAGGCUGGAUCUUAUGAAGAGACCCCAAGAUCACACAGAAAUGCCUGACGGAUGUACUAAAAUCAAAAGAGAGUUUCGGGUGGGGGACAGGGUUCAGGUGCGCAAUUUCGGAAAAGACGGAAAGUGGAAAUUUGGAAACAUAAGAAGGAGAGAAGGAUUGGUGCAUUAUCAAAUCGAGAUGGACAAUGGACAGGUUUGGAGAAGGCACAUUAACCACAUUCGGCCGUGUAAAUUUGAGGGGGAGGAUUAA